AUGUCAAAACUCGCUGGGAAACGCGUUCUGAGAGCGAUAUUGCGGAAGAUUAGUGUGCCUCUGCGGCGUUGUCUGAGGAGGAGGAAGGCGACCGCCAGUCCAGAGCCGACAGUCGAUUUGGCCCCGGCUGACGAGGUCUUUACCCAGGGUGAAACGGUCGCUACUCAGAAUGACAAUGUCUCUACAGAGACCCAAGCCCCUCAGCCGCCUGAACACAUGUUCGAAGUUCACAGAGUCGCAUUAGGCAGUGUGAAGAAGCACGAAGUAACAGUAGAUGAUAACUUGAACGGUCCUGGCCCAUCAAUCCGAGAGGAUUCACCAUUGAGGCAGCAACAUGCUACUGUUAAGCAGAGACAAAAACAUAUCAGAUUUGACUUAAGGCGCAAACCAAUCAUCGUGUUUCAGUGUCAGGAGGCCAUUGUUGAAGAGCUUAACCGACAGGUCCGAGUGCAGGCGCCUGCAGUCUCCCAGCAUGUGCCCAUAGGGCGAAGCGUCGAGGGCUGCAAUCCAAGUUUCAGCGGAGUUGACGCACAACAACGUAUGCUCUUUCUGAUGUAUGGGGUUCAACCAAGACAAGAUGACACCUAUCAGGCGUAUUUCGAUCGUCAGUUUGAUAUGAUAUUUGGGACCCAAACAGUUCAAGAAGACAUGAAUCGGCCAUACAGAGACACAGGGAGACAAUGGCCCUCAUUUGAUGGACGAACGCGAAGAUGCAGACUGUGGGAUGACUUAACACCAGUCCACAUCGAGUUCAACCAAGUCGUGAACCCCAAAGCUCCAAAGAAGCCGAUAAGGGGGCUUUCCACCGCAAGACAACUCGACCUCUCGAGUAUCUUCGACCAAGCAAUAGAACGCAAAUCGCUUGUGGAACAAGUUUCCAUGCACCUAGCAUGUAUCUGCCAGGUCCAGCGACAGCCCAAUGCUCAUAGAGCUUACAGGUAUGGUCUUGACGACGCAGCUUGCCGGCUUCCUUUCAUCGUGAUGGAAUACUAUUUUAGUGGCUUCACGUACACCGGCAGUCUCGAACUAGUUCUUGGGAUUUGUCCCAUCAUUUCGUCGCCCAAAAAGCGGAAGUUGGGGCAGGAUCCUCAGUCACGCGAGGAUGCCGAGCAAUCCAAAUACCUUAUUCCAAUUGCGCCAGAUGGGCCGUACCCAAAGGCAAGCCCAAACAAGGUGUGGCUGGAGAGGUGGCGGCAGUUCACCCAGGCCUGCUGGAUCGACGCAAGCAGAGUGUACUAUGUACCGGCCGAUCUUUUCCACGAGAGCAAGUCGUCAGGCCUAAGGCUCUCGAAGGAAUCAUGGGAAAGUGUGAGACAGGGGCGGCCCAUGGACUCGUUGGCAGACGAGGAAGCCCAGUUUGAAAAGGCAUUCAAUCUAUAUCAGGCUGAGCAUAGCAUACGCGGAGAACAUGCCAUUGUUCGCCCUGCUGUUUGUCGACUCCAGCCAGCAAACCAAGUCGCUGCCACAAAGGAAAACCAGGAAGGCAUCCAGUAG